AUGAACUUGCGCAAUCUCACCAAGUACAGGCAAGCGUGUCCCUUCCUCGGCAGCAACACCACCAAGCAGCUCUCCACCCUUAGCCACACCACUUCCAAUGGAUUCACCAGCAAUCUCACCAGCAAAGCUCAGAGCUGUCCAAUCAUGGGUCCUGCCAUCCAACAACAGAAGAAGCAUUACGCCUCUGUUGCGUCCAAGAAGGAUGUCGACGCUAUCCACAAAAACCAAGGCGUUAAGAAGAGUUCCGGUGGCGUUUGUCCUCACGCAGCAGCUGGAAUAGCAGCAGCAAAGGCAGCUGCAGCUGCAGCUAAUGCUCCAAUCCCUCAAUCCCCUCCAUCACCGUCCACCUCCUCAGCCUUAUUCAACUACGACGACUUCUACGCCCAGCAACUCCAAACAAAGCACGAUGACGCCAGCUACCGUUACUUCAACAACAUCAACAGACUCGCCCACAAGUUCCCAGUCGCCCAUACUUCACGCCCUGAUGAAGAAGUCACUGUGUGGUGUUCGAAUGACUACCUCGGUAUGGGCAAGAAUCAGAUUAUCAUCGAUACUAUGAAGAAGACGCUUGAUAAGUACGGUGCAGGCGCUGGUGGUACGCGUAACAUUGCAGGCAAUGGUCAGCUUCAUCUCAGCCUUGAAGCUGAACUCGCAUCACUUCAUCGUAAAGAAGCUGCACUCGUCUUCUCUUCGUGCUACGUAGCCAAUGAUGCCACUCUCUCCACUCUCGGCUCUAAGCUACCGGGUUGUGUCAUAUUCUCCGAUUCGCAGAACCACGCUUCGAUGAUCCAAGGCAUCAGACACUCUGGCGCUAAAAAGGAAAUAUGGAAGCACAACGACCUCAACGACCUCGAAGCUCGUCUGAGUAGAUACCCUAAGGAAACUCCAAAGAUCAUUGCAUUUGAGUCUGUUUAUUCCAUGUGCGGUUCUAUAGGACCAAUCCGUGAAAUCUGUCAAUUGGCUAAGAAAUACGGCGCAAUCACCUUUAACGAUGAAGUCCACGCUGUUGGAAUGUAUGGUCCAACUGGCGCCGGAGUAGCUGAACAUCUCGAUUUUCAACAACACACCAAGACAUCCGACGCCGUCAAUGGCUCUGUAAUGGACCAAGUUGACAUUAUCACAGGCACACUAGGCAAAGCGUAUGGAGUAGUCGGUGGUUACAUAGCCGGUUCCGCAGAUUUCAUCGACAUGAUACGCUCAUAUGCACCGGGAUUCAUCUUCACCACGUCAAUUCCACCAGCAAUAGCUGCCGGUGCGCAGGCGUCGAUUGCCUACCAGAAAGCGUACAGGGGCGAUAGAAUCAAGCAGCAGAUCAACUCGCGUGACUUAAAGAAUAAACUUCGCCAAGUUGAUAUACCAGUUGUGCCAGGACCCUCUCAUAUCGUUCCAGUCCUUGUAGGUGAUGCUGCACUAGCCAAGCAAGCCUCAGAUUCUCUCCUCGUCGAUCAUGGCGUUUAUAUGCAGGCACUCAACUUUCCAACUGUGGCUGUAGGUGAGGAGAGACUGAGAAUUACGCCUACUCCCGGUCAUAGUAUCGACGCUAUGCAACACCUCGUUAGAAGUCUCGAUGAGGUUUGGAAUAAAUUACAGAUCCCUCGCGAAUCAGACUGGAUUAAACGUGGUGGUAGAGCUGGUGUAGGUCAGCCAGAACUCGUCGACGCUGACCCUCUCUGGACCGAUAGCCAACUAGGCUUGCUUGGUGAAAACCAUCACUUGCCUGAUAUCUUCAAUCACAAUAUUGAAGAAGCUAAGCAGAUUGCUACUGAAAGAUUGCAAGACCUCUUGGAAUCCCACGCUGAUGAGGACAUUGUGCGUAUCGUAAAUGGUAGCGAGUAG